AUGUUUAAAUUGUAGUUCUAAAGAUGCUAAUUCUUGUGCGCCCUGUUUAGAAAUUAAUACUUCAAAUAGAGUAUUUUACAAUAAAGACAUGUAAGUGUUUAUUUGGAUAUUUUGAUGAUGGUCAUUAAAUACAGUGUUAAAAAUGUGAUAGCUUAUGUAAGGCUUAAUAUAUCCCUUAACAAGAAAUAUAGAAACAAAUUGUAAAUUUCAAUAAGGUUAUUUGAUAUCGGUUUAUAGAUUUGUUCAACAUUCAAUAUCGUGAAUUACAUCAAAUAAUUGCACAAUAUGUGA